GCACACAUGUGAGACGAAUCACGUGAUAACAACGGUAGCCAGCUGACCAGAAGGAAUCCCGACGAGUACACUUUUUUGCCGUCGACCCGCUCGCGUCAGGUUUUUUCCCCCUCCCUCGGCACUUGCUUGUUUAUUUGUUUUUUUUUAUCAUAUUUUAUUUUUUAACACUUUAACGCUCUUGACCCCCGUGAUGUGAGCGGCGGCCGCCCGCCUCACAGACAGCGCGGCACGGAGCCGAAGAGUCGACGCACCGGUUUCCUCAGCUCGGAGCUCCUGCGCUUUAUUGACAUUUCGGACUGCAGCGAUCGAUCUACGGACCUAUCGGGCGGCAAGGCCACCCAACAGAGUGAGAAAUGCACGACGCCUUCGAGCCGGUGCCCAUCCUGGAGAAGCUCCCUCUGCAGAUUGACUGUCUGGCGGCCUGGGAUGACUGGCUUCUCGUUGGAACAAAACCUGGACAUCUUCUCCUAUACAGAAUCAAAAAAGAUCAAGGCAGCAACAAGUUUGAAGUAACUCUGGAAAAGUCCAAUAAAAAUUUCUCCAAGAAAAUUCAGCAGCUGCAUGUUGUUUCCCAGUUCAAAAUCUUGGUCAGCCUUCUUGAGAACAACCUCUACGUCCAUGACUUAUUUACAUUUCAACAGAUUACUGUUGUCUCAAAAGCCAAAGGAGCAACUCUUUUUGCUUGUGACUUACAGCAGUCCAGCUCUGGUGAGGCAUCUCUGCGUAUGUGUGUGGCAGUCAAGAAGAAAUUGCAGCUUUAUUACUGGAAGGAUCGGGAGUUCUAUGAUCUACAGGGAGAUUUUGCAGCUCCUGAUGUUCCUAAAUCUAUGGCGUGGUGUGGAAACUCAAUUUGUGUGGGAUUUAAACGGGAUUACUAUUUUAUUCGAAUGGAUGGCAAAGGCAGCUUUAAAGAACUUUUCCCCACUGGGAAACAGCUGGAGCCUUUGGUUGCCCCAUUGGCUGAUGGGAAAGUGGCAGUAGGACAAGAUGACUUAACAGUGGUGCUGAAUGAAGAAGGCAUGUGCACGCAAAAGUGUGCCCUAAACUGGACUGAUAUCCCAAUUGCAAUGGAUCACCAGCCACCUUAUAUCAUUGCAGUGUUGCCACGCUACAUUGAAAUCCGCACAUUUGAACCCCGACUGCUGGUCCAGAGUGUGGAGCUGCAGCGACCACGGUUCAUCUGCUCAGCAGGUCUUAACAUUGUGUAUGUUGCAAGUAACCACUUUGUGUGGCGGCUGGUUCCUGUAUCCAUAGCAACCCAAAUCCGUCAACUUUUACAGGACAAACAGUUUGAGCUCGCACUUCAGUUGGCGAAAAUGAAAGAUGAUUCAGAUGGAGACAAAAGACAACAAAUACACCACAUCCAGAACCUGUACGCAUUCAACCUUUUCUGCCAGAAACGCUUUGAUGACUCUAUGCAGGUGUUUGCCAAAUUGGGGACAGACCCUACUCAUGUGAUCGGGCUGUAUCCAGACUUGCUUCCCUCUGACUACAGAAAACAGCUGCAUUACCCCAAUCCUCUUCCUAGCCUGUCGGGGGCUGAGUUGGAAAGGGCACAUCUAGCACUUAUAGACUACCUGACACAGAAACGCAGCCACCUGGUAAAGCAGCUGAAUGAUUCGGAUCCCUCUACCACAUCUCCUCUAAUGGAAGGCACUCCAACAAUCAAGUCCCGCAAAAAACUGCUUCAGAUAAUUGACACCACCCUGCUCAAGUGCUACCUGCAUACUAAUGUUGCUCUGGUGGCACCACUCCUUCGCCUUGAGAAUAACCACUGUCACAUUGAAGAGAGUGAAUAUGUCCUGAAGAAGGCUCACAAGUAUAGCGAGCUCAUCAUCCUCUAUGAGAAGAAAGGACUUCAUCAAAAAGCCUUACAAGUACUGCUAGAUCAGUCAACCAAAGCCAACUCGCCUUUGAAGGGACAUGAGCGGACAGUGCAGUACCUACAGCGGCUGGGGAGUGAGAAUUUAGGAAUUAUAUUUGAGUUUGCUCCUUGGGUUCUCAAAACCUGCCCAGAAGAUGGCUUAAAGAUCUUCACAGAUGACCUUCCAGAGGUGGAAUCCCUUCCGCGGUAUAAUGUUCUCAGCUUCCUGAAAGAUGGUUUUAAGGAUCUUGCUAUACCAUAUCUGGAGCACAUUAUUCUGGUUUGGGAGGAGGAAGGCUCUGAGUUCCAUAAUUGUCUGAUCCAGCUGUACUUAGAAAAAGUGCAGACUCUGAUGAAGGAGUACCUGAACUCGCUCCCUGAAGAUGAAAUCCCAGUUGCUGCAGGGCAGGAGGAAGGAGAACUUGGAGAAUUUCGAACAAAGCUGUUGAAUUUCCUUGAGAUCUCAACUAAUUAUGAACCAGACCGACUGAUAAGUGACUUUCCUUUUGAUGGUCUUCUUGAAGAACGGGCCCUCCUUCUCGGCAGGAUGAGGAAGCACGAGCAAGCCCUGUUUAUUUAUGUGCACAUACUAAAGGACAUCAAAAUGGCUGAGGAGUACUGCCACAAGCAAUAUGACCGACUGACUGAUGGAAGCAAAGAUGUAUAUUUGUCGUUACUGAGGAUGUACUUAUCGCCCCCUGAUGUCCACUGUCUUGGACCAAUCAAAAUGGAGGUGUCUGAGCCACAGGCCAAUCUACAAGCUGCUUUGCAAGUCUUGGAACUCCAUCACAGCAAGCUCAACACCACCAAGGCCAUUGACCUCCUGCCUGCUAACACCCAAAUCCAUGAGAUCCGAGUGUUCCUCGAGAGCGUGCUGGAGGAGAAUGCCAGAAAGAGGCGAUAUAACCAAGUUCUCAAGAGUCUACUGCAUGCAGAAUAUCUCCGGGUUCAGGAGGAGAGAAUAUUUCACCAGCAAGUGAAGUGCAUUAUCACCGAAGAGAAAAUGUGCAGAGUGUGCAGAAAGAAGAUUGGAAAUAGUGCGUUUGCAAGGUACCCCAAUGGAGUGGUGGUUCAUUACUUCUGCUGCAAAGACCGCAGUGUAUGUCCUACUGAGCUGUGAACUUGGGCCUGGCUGGCAGCUUCACUUCCUUGGAUUUCAGGCUAUUUUGCUCAACCUGUUGCCUGGAAGAAGCAAUACCGUAAACAUUAGACAGCAGAUAAUAAGGGGCAAGGAUGAGCUUUCUCUCAUGUGCUCCAGCUGUUGAAUUUGGAAGAGAAAAACAGAGAAAGGAGGACAUUAACUGGAUUGAGCAGUUUUGUUUCUAUGCUGCUUGUUCUGUGGCCAUGCAAGCAGCUGGGACCUUCCCAAUCUAACUUUUAUACAAGGGGAGGUGCAGCCAAAGGAGGGGUCAUGACAGCCUGGUGGGAAACAGACAACUGGCAUAUAGGGACAACUGCAGACAGGAUGGGAAAAGGAAAAAAAAAAAAAGAUUUCUGAGCUGGCGCAGGCCACAGGGGAGUGGGGAUUUGUGAGCUUUGUUUGACCUCUCCUGCUUGGAGGAUUGUCAAUCCCUGUAGAGAAACAUGAUCUUAUUGGAAAGGGUUUAAUACCUCCACCCCAUGUGUUGCCUUUUGCUUGAAGCGUUACUCAUGGGCUAAACAUGCAGCUUGAAAAUAAUCUUGAGCUAAAAUGAAGUCAGAGAAAACCAAGGAACUGACUCGAAUAAAAAAAAAAUCAGAUGAGAAGAAACCAGGGGCUUAAGCACAAUGGACAGCCCAUAGCUGGGAUCACUUCAAAAAUAAAACGGUUUCUUCUUCAGACAAGUCCCCGCUUUAUGUUACAGGACCGACUACUGAGCUAGAAUUGAAACAGAGGACUACAUUGAUGAUUGUCCUUCGGCCGGUUACUUCUGUGACACGUUCUAAUGCUCCUCCAGUCUGCUGGUUUGCAACAGCGUGUACGAACUUGCACCUGUUCUUCAGUGUUUUUCUUUCACUCUUUAGAGCUGUGCCUACAGUCCAUCUCUUUAUUUUUUGUUUUGGUUAGCCAAAACACCCACUCUGAUCUGAAAUUGCUUUUAUGCUUUUCUGUCAAAAAAAACACAAGCUUUAUUUUUCCAUUUUUGGAGCAGAGUUACAUAUGUAGUGCUUGUUGGCCUUUAAACUGGGAUUUUUAGUGGGACUAGCUGUCUCUUAUCUGUAAAUUGUACUUUGAUCGAUUAGAAAGAUGUGGCAAAAAUCGCCUUAUCGAUUCACUGGUGUCUUACUGUGGCUGAUACAAUGUGAUAAAUAACUGGAAAUUAUGGCCGAGAUGACAUAUGGAUGGUAGGUGAGGUGAAGGAUUGAAAGGACAGGAGCUGGCAACAUCACACACAGUCAUCUCCAUGCCAUUUCAAGAUGCUACUUUUUAUGCACCUAAAGCACUUUUAUUCUUUUGAUGGACAGCUGUACCAGAGUGCCUAAUAAUUGUUUCUUCUUAUUAAUGUCACAUUGCGCUUGAGGGGAUCUCUUUAUGCUUGAUCACUGACUUGUAGUGAUGGGGAUCCUGCCUGCUCGCGCACUCUGAAUUUUUUUCUUAGGUGACAAGCAAAUAUUAGGACAGAGGACAUUCUAAUGCAUGCAGGCGAACUAAAAUCAGUCAAAGUGUGGGGAAAAAAGUACAUUUAUCAUAAUGUGUCUUUCUAGCAGGAGGUUGACGUCAGACGUUUGUACAGAAGCACUUGUAUUAUAGUUCCUCUUUUAGGCACCUUGUAUGUAAAGUGUUUAUAAUCACAUAUCCAGUUUCAUUCUGUAUAGGACCUGAUGCUAUCACAGCUUUGGACAGCUUAAUAUGAACAAACUUAUUAAAAAACUAUUAAAGAUUUUAAAACACU